AUGCUUCUAACCUGUACAGGGUAUGCACUUGCUGCUUGUCACAUUGCAAGGCAUCUCGACUGCUGUUUUCAGUACUGUGCCCAACCGAAGGCACGUCGAAGUCCAUUCACAAGGAAGAUACUUAAGCUGAGCGGAAUUAGGGCAUCUGACGUCGCAGGUCUGAGGGUAACAGUGCUACUAACAUCAUCCCUCAUGGUAUUGGGAGCUGGCCUGAGAUGUGUUCCAGUUUCAGACCUAGAAAUUAGGAAGAAGCUGAUUCACGGGGGGCAGCUGCUGAACGGCCUGGCGGGGCCCACGGUGAUGAACGCCGCUCCCUUCCUCUCCACCACGUGGUUUUCUCCGGACGAGCGCGCCACGGCCACGGCCAUCGCCUCGCUGCUCAACUACCUGGGCUGCGCCGCCGCCUUCCUGGUGGGGCCGCUGGUGGUGCCGCCUCCCAACGGCACGGCCCAGCCGGCGGCGCUCGGCAGCGCCCAGCACAUCAAGGACCGCAUCGAGGCCGUGCUCUAUGCAGAAUUUGGAAUGGUUUCCCUGAUAUUUUCUGCAGCGUUGGCCUACUUCCCCUCGCGCCCUCCGUUCCCCCCCAGCGUGGCUGCAGCGAGCCAGCGGCUCAGCUACAGGAGAAGUUUUUGCAGACUCUUAAGCAAUUUCCGAUUCUUGAUGAUUGCUUUAGCCUAUGCCAUACCACUGGGUGUUUUCUCUGGCUGGUCUGGUGUUCUGGACUUGAUAUUAACACCCAUUCAUGUAAGCCAGGUGGAUGCAGGUUGGAUUGGAUUUUGGUCUGUAGUUGGAGGUUGUGUUGUUGGCAUAGCAAUGGCAAGAUUUGCAGAUUUUAUCAGGGGCAUGCUGAAGUUCAUACUGCUGCUGCUUUUAUCUGGAGCAACAUUAGCAUCAACCUGGUUCACUCUCACCUGUCUAACUACAGUCACUCAUCUGCCAUUAACCACAGCUACACUGUACACAUCCUGCAUUUUGCUGGGUAUAUUCCUCAACAGCAGCGUACCAAUAUUCUUUGAGCUCUUUGUGGAGACUGUCUACCCUGUUCCAGAAGGAAUAAGCUGUGGAGUUGUCACCUUUUUGAGUAAUGUGUUCAUGGGAGUGCUUUUGUUUUUCCUCACAUUUUACCAUACAGAGUUUUCCUGGUUCAACUGGUGCCUGCCAGGGUCGUGUCUGCUCAGCCUGCUCCUCAUCCUGUGCUUCCGCGAGUCCUACGACAGACUCUAUCUCGACGUCGUCGUCUCCGUGUGAUCACUGGUGAGGGCUUGGAAGAGACUGAAGUCGGCUUUGCAGUCUGCACAUCUGCCUGGAUUUGCACAGCUGAACAGCAGAAAAACAAAGAAAUUUCAAGACUUAAUCGUGGCUUUAUUUAGAGAGGGUGAGGGCUGGGUUGUUCUUACGUUCAAGACCAUCUUGAUUUGCCAUAAACGUGGAACGGAGUGGUGAUGGUGACACCGAAAUGCACAAAGAGAAUCUCUCUGCUGUCCAGGUCCCUGUGCCAGGUCUGGGCUCUCUGUUGAGGAGGCUCUUGAUGUAGCAGUGAGAUGUAUGUUUUGUGUGUGUGUGUGCCUGUGUGCUGACUCACGGUUGUACACACCAAGGUACCAGUAAUCUUCAGAGUCUUCUAUCAGAAUAAAAAUAGGGAAUAAUCUUAACAAACGGAAAAAAUAAGAAAACAAAAAUCUUUUAUUCAAGAUCUCUUUAAAAUCACUAGUCAUUUAUAUAGUGAAUGUCCAUUAAACAGUUAAGCUAAAAUGAUUUGGUGCUUGUACACUACAUUUACAUUCUAAUAAAGCGGGUUCUGAUAUAAGACGCUGGUACCAGGGUUUUUACCAUACUAAAUAUCCCAAGUAAUCCUUGCAGUGUUUUUAGAGGUGUUUGUUACCACCCUGGAGCACAAGUAGACAAUAGCUUUAGCUGCCACUGAAUCCCAAACUGCGCCCACAGUCGUCUCUGAAAUGCCACCAUGGUUCUGUACCUCCUGAAUAUGGAGCAUCUGCAGUGUACUGGAGUGUCACUCUAGGUAAAUGUUGCUGUUCUGAAGGCCACCACUGUGUCACCUUCCCAUCCUCCAUCUCCAGUACUGCCUUUUUUACUGUUUGUGCCACUGAAUACUGUGGGUGUGGAUGUCUGAGUCCUGCUAGUUCUCUCCUGAUACUCUAAGGUGUGUGUGGUUUUUAAGAUUAGUUUAUGACUGAGGGUGCCUAAACAAUACUGCUUGUAAUCCAAGUCUUGAGAAAUCACUGUUUCCUAAAAAAACCCUUUCUAGCUGAGGAGGUUUGAUGGUGAAAUGACAAUGAGUUUGACAAUGAGGAGUAACUCACGAGUUCUGGCAUAAUAUGGGAAAUUAAUGCCAGCUCUUUUUAUCAGUACUAAUCUGUGGUCAUUCUGGCCCUUACUUGAACAUAAGUAUUAAAGACACUUUGAAUAGUUUUUUAACUCAAUUUUUAAACCUGCUAAUGAUUUCUUAAUUAUAUUCUUAGCUUUCAGUUCAGCAUCAUUUGAAAUAUUUCUGUAUGUGUGUGUGUGUUCUGUGCUUUGUGUUACAGGGGUGUGUGUGUAUGGGGGCGUGCAUAUUUAUAUCAAUGUAUACACAAAUAAAACUUAUAUAUAUAAGAGAUACAUAUAUAUAUAAGUUGUGCAAGGGUCUGUGUUUCCCUAGAUUUACUGCAGGUGAUCCUGUCUGGGGAAGGUGAUGUGCCCUUGUUUGUAACCCAGCCAGUCACUGCCAUCAGUGGGACAGGGAUUCUUUUCAGGGGUGAAUGAUUUCCUGCCCUGGCAGUUCUAUGGCAGGGAGUGGGUGCACGUGUUGAAGGAGCCUCUGCAUUUCUAGAAGCUGAAUCAAGAACCCUUUGCUCCUGUGUGGGGCUCUUCUUUGCCCCUGGGGCAACACCAACACGGUAAGCUCACAAACCCAGAACUACCUUUCAGAUACGGAUCUGUUCCUCCUGCCUGCUCUCCUUUUGCAGAGAGAAUACACCUCUAAGACUUAACUCAGGAGUGUAUCUGUGCAGUAAAAUAAAACAAGCUGUUCCCUGCUUUUAUGCUUUCAGAGCAAUUGAUGUACUUACUGUAGUAACUGAAAAUGGAUUUAGUUCAUUGCCUCUAUCAGCUCUAAAUGAUCUUUCCUGUCUUGAAGCAGGCUCAUUGUGGUAGUGGAGCUUACCUGCAUAGGGAAAAUGAAAUCAGUCCAACCAGCACAUUCAGAUCCACUGGCAUCAUCCCUUACUUUUCAGAUGAGUGGUGUUAACUGUUCAGCUUCUUUUUACUAUGUUUUAGUGCCUGGAUUAGUUUCAGUAUCCAGUAGCUGCUGCUACCUAUUGUCUUCUGAAACCAAGGAUCGCUUGCCAAGAUCCUGGAGUUGCAUUGUCAUGGCAGAACUGCAAGCUUGGAUGGCUCUUCAGAGCUCUGUUUCUGCAAUUUACUGUAGCUAUAUAAAGAUUAAAAUUGCUCAGCUCAGGCACUGUCCUGAGUGACAGAGAUUUCUAAUCCUUUCACUGUUUUAAGACAGAAAAACAUUUUACACAGAAUUCAGACUAUAACCUAUUCUUCCUCUGUUCCAGAAGGCAUCAGACAAUUCAGAAUACUUGUCAGUGCUUCCAGAUGCAGGGGAGAAGAGUGAACCUCUUGUUUCAAACCCUGUUGAUUGUUUUUCUGAGUCAGUGUGAAUGGCUCACUGUGCCUCUGAUGCUUUGGUAGCUGAUUCUCUCUGGUAGGUUGACUGUGGGUGGACACCACGUGCCUGCCAAAGGCACUCUGUCAUUGCUCUCCUCAGCUGAGCAGGGGAGAGAAAAUAUAAUGGAAAGCUCAUGAGUUGAGGUAAGAACAGGGAGAGAUCACUCACCAGUUACCAUCAUGGGCAAGACAGACUCAAUUUGGUGAAAUUAGUUUAAUUUACUAGCAAUCAUAUCACAGUAGGAUAAUGAGAAAUAAAACCUUGAUCUUGAAAACACCUUACCCCCAUCCCUCCCUUCUUUCCAGGCUUAGCUUUAUUUGUGGUUUUCUCUCCCUUCUCCCCUCAGUAGCAGGAGGAAAAGGAAUGGGGGCUGUGGCCAGACCAUCACCUGAGGGCUCCUCACCUUCUUCCCCUGCUCCAGCAUGGGGUUCUUCCCAGGGGAGACAAUCCUCCACGAGUUUCACCAGUGUGGGCAGAGACCUUUGGGAACAAUCCUGUCAGCAAACCUGCUCCAGCCUGGGCUCCUCUCCAUUGUGCCACAGGUCCUGCCAGGAGUCUGCUCCAGCAGGUUUCCCACAGGCCCACAGAUCCUUUGGGCAUCCAGCUGCAUGGCAUGGGGCUUUCCACAGGCUGCAGGUGGGUCUCUGCUCCCCGUGGGCUGCAGGGACACAGCUGCCUCACCAUGGUCUGCAUCACAGGCUGCAGGGGAAUCUUCUCCUGCCCCUCCCUCUGCACUGACCUGGGUACCUGCAGAGCUACUCCUCUCUCCUGCAAUGCCUGCUGUGCAGUAGCUUCCUUUCCCUUCUUAAUCUGAUAUCCCAGAGGUGUUUUCAGCCAUGCUGAUGGGCUCAGCCUUGGCCAUGCCC